AAAUAUAAGCAUGUCGAAGUUAGACGAUCUCUUCGAUAAAAAGAAGGACGAAGCUUUGCUGCUGGAUUUGUCAAAAACUGUUAUUAACAAUGCCGAAGAGUAUAGAGCUGUGUUGGAUAAAGUGCCAGAAUUCAAAACGCGGCCCGAAAAGGUGAGGGCAGACGACAUAAAAAUAAAGGAUAAAUCAGAAGAUAAAAAAACUAAAACUCCUCGGAAGGAGGUGCGGGCAUACGAGAAGUUAGGAACGCGAGGGUACGAGGAGAAGCAUUUCACUUUCAUGGACCCGAUACCGGUGGAAAUGCGAGGACUGAAGUUCGAGGAGCUGUGCGCCGUGCCCAUCGAGUGGCGGAUGCUUACCUCCGUCCGGCCAAAGUCCAAGUUGGACGAGGAGUAUUUUAACAGAUUAAUAGAACUAGGGAAGUUGCAGUUAAAAACUCAAGCAAGAGAUAAGAGAGAGUUCAUCAAAAACCCCAUGGUCCGAAAAACCAAGAACCGGUCCGGCGUCACGGAGACGAGAAUCGUUUCGUGUGCCGAGUGCGGUGAAGAAUAUUGCGACAGUAAAAUGUGCGUGAUAACGAACUACGACAUGUUCGCGCGCAUCAAAGUGGAAACGGAGAAUAAGCCGCGGCCGGCGCCGGCACCGACGGGCAAGCGGCGGCCGAUCAAGCGGCGCGUGCGGCCGAGACGAAAGCCCCGCAGCAAGAGCGCGCAGGCACCGCCGAAGAGUAAUGCACGGACAUCGGGUGCCAAGAGCGAUUCAGAACUGUAGAAUAACCAUUAUUACCCUAUUCCAUAUUCUGCGUCCUUAUCAACCGUAGAUUAACUAUAUGAAACAAAUUCCGGAUCAUCAAGUGAUGUGUGCGGCCAUCAAGACGCAAGCCGCGCAAUAAGAGCGCGCAGGCACCGCCGAAGAGAAACGCACCGAAGUCUGGGGCCACGACUGCCACGAGCGAUUCUGACAUGUAGAGUGUAGACUACGUACUAUUUUCCCGUAUUCAGAGUCCUUACCAACAAUAGACAAGUUGGCGCCAACGCAAGCAUCAGCGCUGCCCCACUGCCUCAUCAAGUAGCUGCGUAUGCAAAAUAUAUGAAACUAGCGUUUUUGUUUCUACUUCAUUUGAUAAGCAAAAGUCAAUUAAAUAAUCAAAUCGCAAAAUAUGCAUACCGUUAAAAAUACCCUGUACAAUGUAUCAACAUGUCGGAGUCCAACACUGAUCAUGUCUAUUGUCUACAUAAUGUUCAUUUGUGAAUGAAAUGCAUUUAUGUAUUUUUAAUCCAUAGGUAAAUAAAUAUUUAUUAUAGGUCGCACAGUAAGCUCAAUACGGCUUGUGGCCCACAGUGGUAAGUAAAUACAAUAAUAGGUAUAGUUAUACUUACUGUUACAAAAUGGUCUCACAUUGGUCUCAGCUCAGCUAGUAUUUUGCCAAAGAAACCAUCUACAAUGCAAAUAGUGAGGACAGUAUUGCCCUUAACGUACCUAGUUACCUACAUACAUGUUUACAUAAGUACACAUGCAAUAGAUUCAUUAGACCAUUGUUGAUAAAGCUAGGCAAGUGCCUUUUAUGUAUCUACGGGAGUAUUUGUAAUAUAUUAUGAUACACACGUAUACAUAUCCAUUCUUACGAAGGGUGUCAAAUCCAAAAAAUGACAUGCCCACGCCAACAUCAUUGGUUCACAAGCUACCAUAAUACAUCUUACUUGAAAGCAUGUGUGUUGACAACGAACGCCUUAAGAAUCUCGCGGCGUCUAUAAGAAUCCUAGGCGUUUAAAGGGUUAUAGAUCGUGUCAUUCACGACGACGCGUGCCCUGACUAUUGUCAUGUUAUUAAAGGUUAGUUUUGACAAAUCUGAGCGUCAUCGUGGAUGACACGAACUAUAAGUAUACAAUUUGGCCUUGUAGAUAAAGAUACCUAAUUGUUGCCGUCCAUUAGAUAUAGUCAAAGCUUAAGUCUCACCAGCAUUAGGUAUAAUAAAAUAUUGGAAUCUCGUUUUUGCAAUUUUGUACUUACACAAAAAUAAAAUUAAAUGAAUACUC